AUGUCUGUCCCAGCUUUCACUGAUAUCGCCAAGGCGUCCAACGAUUUGCUCAACAAAGAUUUCUACCACCUCACUGCUGCCGCACUUGAGGUCAAGUCGAAUACUCCAAACAAUGUCGCAUUCAAAGUGACUGGAAAGAGCACCCACGACAAUGCCACAAGUGGUCUGUUGGAGGCCAAGUUCACAGACAAGCCAACUGGUAUAUAUUUUAAUCAAUCUAUUCUACAAUAUUUCCCCGUUCAUAGUCCAUUUGGUUUCUUUCUCAUCAGACAACCCGGUUGUGCACAGUUACUAAUCCAGUAUGCCGGCGGAACAGGCUUGACUCUUACCCAAACAUGGAACACUCUCAACGCUCUCGACACCAAGAUUGAGAUCAACGACACCAUUGCCAAGGGUCUCAAGGCUGAGAUUCUCGGUUCUUUCGCUCCUACCACCCAAAAGAAGGGCGCAAAGGUCAACCUUCACUUCAAGCAACCAAACUUCCACGGACGCGCAUUCUUCGAUCUCCUCAAGGGUCCAACUGCCACCGUUGACGCUGUUAUCGGACAAGAUGGUUUCUUGGCUGGUGCCACCGCUGGUUAUGAUGUCCAAAAGGCAGCUAUCACCAGCUACUCCGCCGCUGUUGGAUACACUGCCCCCACUUACAGUGCUGCCAUCACUGCUGCUGACAACUUGAGCGUCUUCUCCGCCUCAUACUACCACAAGGUCAACACUCAAGUCGAGGCUGGUGCCAAGGCUACCUGGGACUCCAAGAACACCAACUCUGUUGGUCUCGAGGUUGCUAGCAAGUACAGACUUGACCCACUCUCCUUCGCCAAGGUCAAGAUCAACGACCGUGGUGUUGCCGCUGUUGCCUACAACGUUGUUCUCCGACCUGGUGCUACCCUUGGUCUCGGUGCCUCCUUCGAUACCCAAAAGCUCGACCAAGCUACCCACAAGAUCGGCACAAGCUUCACAUUCGAGUCAUAG